AUGGCACAGGGUCCUUUCUAUGAUUUAGAUACUGAAGACAGUGAGACGAAGGAAUGUACUUCAAUGGCUUUGGCCUCCGGACAGUGGAUAAAUGAACAAUGUAAAAAAGGAAAUUCUGUUAUCUGUGAGAAAAAGAUAUCAGUGUCUUUGCCAUCGAUGGAGAGCUAUGUGGCAGGUGUCCCACUAAUGUCAGGCAUUUACACAGUGUCCCAGAUGCAGCUGCUACCCUCUCCACCAGACCCAGGACAACAAAUGGUUGAGAUUAUGUUGUUCCCGGGUCUUUGGUUCAGUCAUGAGGGUCGAGUCCUGUCUUUGGAUUUGGUGACGCAGCCAAGUGAUCAGCUGACCUUUGCUAGAGUGCAAAUCUUACGGCCGUACUGCAGCCCAAGUCAUCACCUAGUACCACCUGGUUGUAGUUCUCUCCUGAACCCUUUUAGCUGCUGUUCACUGACGCCCAUGUGCAACACCACCGGUGGCUGUGCCAGUGGGCAGUACUGGUGUCACCUGCUGGAGAUCUGUCUUCCCGUCACCAGUCCGUGCAGCCCUUACCACUCCUUAAACGGGGGACAUGUAUUCCCCCUGCCUCCCCGCUACCCUGCGACACCACCGUUCUUCCACUUGAUGGCAGACAUGUCACUGACACUGACCCCAAGCACUGAACACACCCACAUCAGUGUUAUAGUUCAAGACAAACAUAUCACUGUCUAUCCUGAUGACAUUCUGGCAUUGCAGCACACUAGAAGAGCAGGUGAAUUUCUACAUUGUGUUGCCACUACCAGCUCAUCCUGGCGCCAGAGUUACCUCUCCCUGCAUGGGCCUGAGUGGGGCGGCUGGUUAGAGGGGGGUCUGUCUGCCCAACCAGGACAGGGCCAAUGGCUAGAUGAACUGGUCUGUGACCUCCGGGUGAUUUACGAGGACACAAUGCCACACUUUGGGGUUUCAGCAAUACCCAGCACCUCACAGAGCAACAGUCCAAUCAAAGCAGAGAGUCCUGUCACAGGGUUGCAAGUUUUAUAUCCAAAGCUUGACAAGGACAUCCAAAUGCAUGUUGCUGUCAAUGUCCCAACCCUCAUUGUCAUCCAGAUCAUUUCAGGAGAUAACGCAACCAGUUCCUGGUCAGACCCUGUGUCUAAGAACGGAGUCCCUUUUGUAUCUUCUUGCCCUGCUGAGAUUGAAGGAGGGUGUGUUAGGGCUUCUCUUGACAUGUGGUUCUCUAAUGUAUACAUGAAGCUUUCCAGUCAAGGGGAACAUAUACUAAAUAUCAUGGCUUCAAACAGCUUGAACUCCCAGACUCUGAGCGUGAGAGUUGUGUCUUAUAUUCCUGUAACUGGGCUGAGAAUCCAGCCUCAGGGCUUCAACAGAGUUCUAGUGGACAUACCACAGUCCCUGACCAGUAUAGCAACAAUACAGAAGUAUGUGAAGAAAGUGAAGCUUUUUACCUCCCAUGAUGGAACUUUUAUUGAUUAUCCGAUCACAUUUGUAGCCAUCACAGAUGGAGGCAGCAACCUUAAAUUCCUUUGGGAUUUUGGUGAUGCCAGUGAAGGAGCCCUGGUUACAGAAUCCAAUAGACAAGUCCACAAAUACAAUGUUACUGGUGGUUCUCACAGGUUCUGGUCAAGUCAGUAUGACCUGAUUUUGGAUGCAACUGAGUCUUUUGAUCCAGAUUCAGAGGAGAAUGAUAUCGAGUUGUUUCAGUUCCAGUGGGGUUACACUAUAGAGGAAAUGGAAGUAUACUGCUUCUUCCUAGAAGUGCACUGCUGCCAGACAGAAUGUACCACUUUACUCUCACCCUUUACAAAAGUGGACGACAACCUGUCUCUAUAUCACAGUUGGUGGACUGCAGAGAAUCUGAAAGGUGAAGUUCUAACACUGAAUGAGGUCACUACCUUGACAGGAAGUCUCUGGAGAGAAAUAGUCAUUAAACCAGGGGUGCUAAUGGAGGGCCAAGAAUACACCUUUACUCUCAACGUGUCUGAACCAGCCUCUGGGCUUUGGGGGUCGGCAAGCAUCACCUUAGUCCCCAACCAUCCUCUCUAUAGGGGUAUUUGCACUCUGUCACCCGACGACUCACUUCAUUUCCUAGAAACCAUGGUCUCUUACAGUUGCUCAGAGUGGAUGGAUGAUGACAGUGACUCAGCUCAGCUGAUAUUUUCACUGCAGGUGGCACAGUGUGAACAUUUUGGACCAUUAUGUCCCUUGAUUACCCUUUACAGGGGCACUCAGAGCACGUUCAGCUCCCUGGUGCCACUGGGUAGACUGAGCACAGAGGAAAACGUAUCUGUUAUUUACGUGCUGGUGCUGGUCGAGGACAGUAUGGGGGCAUCAGUCAUCGCAGCAAGAAAGAACCUGACAGUGCUGCUGAGUGACCAAUGUACAACAGAGUGGUUGAGGAAUAAGAGCCAGUCAGAGUUAUGGGCCUUGCGCCAACAAGGCAACCCUCAGGACAUUACUCAAUAUUCUGUUGCCCUGAGCAGCCAACUUAAUCAGCUAGCAUCCAUAAAUGCUGAAGAGUUGGAGGACAGGAUUCAGAUACGUGGAAAUGUCAUUCAGGCUCUAGCGUCUCUGCCGGUCUCCUCCUUGCAGGAUGCGGCUCUGAUCAGCUCAGCUUUGGCCCAGUCUACAGUGGUUCCCUCUGAAGUGCAGUGCAACGGCUGCUGUGCAAAGGUGCUGAAGGUCACAGAGAAGAUGAUCAAAGUGAUAAGAGAACAAACAGGACAGGGUGACAUCAACCCCACAGACACCGGCAGGAACAUUCUGGCUGUUUUAAGCAGCACACUGACUGCUGAUCAGAGGCAGAGGAACAAUUCAGUCCUCAAGCAUGUGGAUACAUCAGAGACAGCUGUAUCAGCACUGGGCCAGAUUUUAGAGCUCAUGCGUUCAUUAAUGCUGUCACGGAUGAGUGGAGAAGAAGCUCUCUCUCUCGUUGUUCCUAAGAUCACUGCGGUGGGUGUACGGGGUGACCCUACUAAAGACCUCCUGUGCACAAAUCCCCUUAGCCACUGCCAGUUUCACAUCCCAUCAGCACUGAGCUCUCAACUAAAGGAGGAAAAACAAGAGGUCCUGCAGAUCCUUCUGCAAAUGGAGGGUGAAGAAAACCCAUUUAUUCCAGCUGCAGAACCUGCUAUAUCAACCACACUUGCAGCCAUGGAGUUUGCUACACCACAGGGGCAGCCCAUUUCAAUCACCAACCUGACACUAGACACUGCGAUACAAUUUACUUUACACAAAAAAGUACAAGAGAUGGAAGAUGAGAGGUUACUAUGGAAAACAUUUACUCUGCCACCCAAGGGAAAUGUAAAUUUUACAGUCAAAGCAACGGACCUCAGAGAUCCUCAGACUGGCCUCUAUGUUGCCUUAAACUUCAGUCUCAUUCCAGGAGCUGGUGAGGAAGCCUCUGGACUAGUAUGGAUCGCUGUAGAUGACCAACUAGUUCAUCCACUGUCUGAACACACUCAUUCUGAGGAACUCAGUCUCUCUCUUUCAGCUGGGACUCCAUCACUGGAGCACACCAUCUUCCUUACACCGAUCAUGCUGUGCCGGUUCUUCAGUGUUGACGAGAGGCGCUGGAGAAGUGAUGGCUUGAGUCCUCUGAGUGGCAGCAGCCCCCAUACUGCCCACUGCCUCACACAUCACCUCACUAUGUUUGGAGCCAGCCUCUUCAUCCAUCCUGAAGCACUUCUACUGCUGCCACCUUCAGAGGAGCCAGUGAGGAAUGUGGUGGUGGGAAUAGUUUGUGGAGUCUUGCUGUUAAUUUAUCUGCUGGUUGGUCUUAUCGCUCACAAACUGGAUCACCUGGAAAGUCUACGUCUUAGCUGGGUUCCUCUGUGUGGUCAGAAAGGUCACUACAAGUACAGGGUUCUUGUCAAAACAGGCUGGAAAAAAGGGUCUGGUACCACUGCACAUGUUGGCAUUAGCCUGUAUGGCCUGAAUAAAAGUGGCUCACGUCACCUUCAAAGAGAAGGAGCUUUCCAGAGGAAUAGCGUGGAUGACUUCCAAGUUGAAACAGAUGCCAAUCUCGGAGAGAUCUGGAAAAUACGCAUCUGGCAUGACAACACAGGCCUAGACCCAUCCUGGUACCUAAAACAUGUGAUAGUCUGGGACAUACAGACAGACAACAUGUUCUUCUUCUUGGUAGAAGACUGGUUAUCUGUGGAGAAUGAGAAGAACUCUGGAAGGGUGGAGAAAGUUAUUUUAGCGUCUUGUCCUCAGGAGCUGCAGCAGUUUAAGAGGAUCCUACAUUCCCAGUUACUGUUUGGCCUUCAAGAGCACCAUCUCUGGAUUUCAUUAUGGGAACGGCCGGCCCACAGCCGCUUUAGCCGAGCCCAGAGGGUCACCUGCUGUGCCCUCUUAUUACAUCUCUAUCUGGCAGCUGGGGCAGUUUGGUAUGGAGCAGUGGGCAGAAAGGGCAGCAGCGGCCCGGUCUCUACCCAGAUGGUGAUGAAUGCAGAAAACAUUCUGGUUGGAAUAACAGUUGCAGCUUUGAUGUUCCCUCUCCAAACCAUUCUCAGAUUUCUCUUCCAAAACACCAAAAGCAAGGUGACAUUGGCGGUAUCUCUGCCUCCCUCUCCUGUGUCUCAUACUGUGGAGAUGGAUGUUUUCCUCAGUCACCCAGAUCUCUCCUGUUCAUCUUUUCUGUCACUGCCGACAGGCCCUGACUCUUCCAUCUAUGAUGGACCAUCUCCUUUCACUAAUUCCCUGCAGAAACUAGAUUCAGAGUUCUGGAAUACUCCAGAUCCUGGGAAUGACCGAAUGGAUCAGUGGCCAUCAUGUGACAGUAUCUUUGGCCUGUCUGAGCUGACAGGAACCAGUCACCUUCUGAAGAGAAAAAAAGCCAUUCUACAACUACAUUUGUCAACUCCGACCUCUGACCACAACACCUUAGAGCCAAUCAAGUCUUCAGAGGAAGAUCUUAGCACUAUAACUGCAGACUUGGAUCCCUCAAACACACUUUCCUUGGAGCCAGAAGCAUCUGACAGUGGCCAUUUCACACCCAACGACACCAUCCUGUCUGACAUCCAGGACAGCUUGUGUAGUGAGUGGUCUGAUCUGAGUGUGGAUACGCCUACAUCUGAACCUGGCUUUCACAAGUCCUCCUCCUCACUCUCAGUGCUCAGUGAUGCCAGCACAUUUCUCCCUAGUCUCCCACCCGACUCUAUAAGCACCAUCUCCAACACACGCAUUGGUGUUGUUCGUGGUGUACCUGGCUUGUUUCUUCCAUCAUGGGUUCUGCGUAUGGUUUAUCUGCUGGUGGCUGUUUUGCUGGGAACAAGCCUGGCUCUGGUGGGACUAUAUGGGAGCAGGUUUUCCAGCUCUGUGGUUCUCAUGUGGCUGGUGUCUGCCCUGUCAGCCUUCCUCACUUCUGCCUUGCUGUUGGAACCAUUUGCAGUAUGUAUUCAGGCACUAUAUCUGGCUGCUGUGGUGAAACCAGUGGACCCAGAGGUGGAGGACCGUUUGGCUCAGGAGACAGAAGUCAGAAGGACAGAAGAGGAUCUGGGGGAUAAGGUGCAUCCUCUUUGUGGAUACGGCCUGCUGCAGGCUAAAGAGGAAGCACGGAAGCUGAGAACACUUAGAGCCUUAAUGAGGAGCUGCUUAGUCUAUAUGCUCUUCCUGUUGGUGGUUCUGAUGGUGAACUACCAGGAAUAUGUUCAUGAGGCUAACAGCAGACGGCUUCACUCGGCUAUUAAACACACACUGAUCACGACUUUACCAGGUCAGCCCAGUCUCACUGCAUUAUCAGGAUGGAUGGAUGCAGAACAGUGGGUAGAUGAGAGAUUAAUAUCACACCUGUUUGAAAACCCUUCUCUUUCUUUAACUGGCCCUGCAAGACUGCAGAAAGUUCAUUUUCAAGACUUCUGCAGUCAAGACAUCAGAGAUAAGUUCCAAUCUGGUCGACUUCCUUUGAUGCUGACUGCUAAUGUUUCAUCACAUGCCAACCCUGCACACCAGCGCUCCUCAACACACAGCAAGAACACUGCAGCACUUUCAACAUGGCCGAGGACUGAGAGUGCAUCAUGUGCAUUCAGUCAGACAGAGGAAGUAGUGCUUGGGAACAACAGUGAAUUCACACGUCGGAUCCUGUCGGGCUUACAGACAACAAAGUGGAUGACAACAGGGACAAAGGCAGUAUUGAUUGAGUUCACUCACUAUCAUAAACAGACAGGCGUCUUAGCACCGGUCUCUAUUCUCCUGGAUCAAACACAGACAGGCAGAAUCCUUUCUUUCAUUUCCAUCCAGCCUUUACACGUCUCUCCAUUAUCUGGUCCAGACUUACACGUCACAUUGACGGUUCUGCUACUGCUGUUUGCCCUGUGCUUUGUGAGUGCUGAAGUAUGGGCCUUGAUCAGAAAGCCAAGUCAAUACCUGAGGCAAGCCUGGCGCUGGUUUCAGCCAUUGUUAGCUCUUCUGACGCUAGCAGCAGCUGUUCUUCGUCUGUAUUUCCUCUACACGACUGCAGCCUUCAUCUCCAGACAUUGCUCCAGGCCCUCCUGCUUUGCUGACUUCCAUAGUGCUGCCACACUGGCCAGAAAGUCCAAUCAGCUCUCAGCAAUUUUAUUAACCCUCUUGGUUCUAAAGAUGGUGGGGAUCCUGCGGUUUGUUAGGCGAUGGUUGGUGAUAGGACGGGUUAUUCGACAAGUAUUCCCUCAGAUCUGUGGCGUGGUGUUCCUGCUGCUCCUCCUGUUGCUUCUGUUCUCUCACACGGGCAUCAUGCUCUUCUCGGGUUCAGUAGAGGGCUUUAGGACCUUAGGGCAGGCCAGUUCCUCUCUGCUGUGUUUGUUAAGGGGCCACAUGGGGUUGCGUCGACUUUGUGAGCAUCAUCCUGUGGUGGGACCUCUCUACUGCCUGUCUGCCGUGGGCAUUGGAUUUUGGGUACUGGGGCGCCUAUGUGCUGCUGUAUUGAUUCGAACAUACCGAAUGGUACAGGCAGACAUUUACAGACCAUCCAUGGAGCCGCAGGAUUAUGAGAUGGUACAGUUCCUCAUUAAACGCCUCAAGCUAUGGAUGGGGCUUAGCAAGACCAAAGAGUUUAGGCACAGAGUCAAGUUUGAGGGAAUGGUUCCUCCACCCUCUAGAUCCUCCCAGGGCUCUGAAGCCUCCAACUGCUCUGUCCCGCUCAGUCCCAUCGGUCCUCGCCAGGUAUCAUCUGCCUCUUCUUUGGCCUCCAAUUCAUCUGUCAUUUCAGGGUGUUUUGACUUCCACCAUUAUGUGGACCGCCUGGUGCCCUGUGUUGACAGCCUCAUGGCCGGUUUCGACCGCGUCAGCCAGCUGACUGAAGAAGUCUAUAACUUUGAGCUCCAACUUCAGCAGAUCCAGAGCAGAAUUUACCAGAGAAGAAAGUCUCAGCCUCAGCAGGUGACCUUCGAGGGACGUGAUCCAACACCAAAGCUGUCACCGCUCCCUCAACAUCCAUCUACCUCUGUUUUGGAAUGUAACCACACUCCAGCUUCUCUUCAAGGUGUCAUUAAUACCCUUCCACAUUGCCGUGCUACACACUCAGAGUCCUCCCUGAUGGGGCCUGCUGCUCAGUUAGGUAAGAGAAUACUUUCUGCACUGGAUGGAAGCAUGAACAGCCCAAACCUGAGAAAAUGGGGUGUCCCAAGACGCAGGGCCUGGAAUUCAGUCACCUGCCAUUCUGCUGACACUGCUCAGAGGUUACCUGGAUCUCACAGCACUGUGGCCUUGCCAGUGAGACCCCGGAGUGAAGACGGAGACCGAGAGCAUGUAUGUGACAGCAUGCCGAUUAAGAGACGGGCAUGGCACACUGAAUAA